AUGAGCAAUUACAGACAUCACAUAGGCAGUGGAGGAUAUUGUGGAAUCGAAGUGCGCGACAUGCAUCCUAGAAUUUCUCAGAACUUCACAUAUGUGAGUUCAUGUGUCAAAUACAUGAUAUUCAUGUUGAAUUUCAUAUUUUGGCUAUUUGGUGGCCUGCUACUGGCCAUUGGCCUGUAUGCCUUCAAAGAUAAAUGGGAAUCGACAGGGUCGGUGCGUUUGGAAAGUUUCUAUGAUGUCAUAUUGAAUAUCUCAUUGGUGCUGAUGAUAGCUGGUGUUGUGGUUUUUGUUGUCAGUUUUGCCGGUUGUUUGGGUGCUUUACGGGAAAAUACCUGCCUGCUGAAAUUCUAUUCAAUGUGUUUGCUGCUGUUUUUCCUUAUGGAAAUGGCCAUUGCCAUAAUGGGUUUUGUAUUUCCACAAAAUAUGAAUUCAUUUCUAGAGGAUACAUUUACGGAUAAAAUAAUCCAUUCGUAUCGUGAUGAUCCCGAUUUACAGAAUUUCAUUGAUUUUGCCCAGCAGGAGUUUAAGUGUUGCGGUUUGAGUAAUGCGGGAUAUCAGGAUUGGAGCAAAAAUGAAUACUUCAAUUGCUCUUCCCCGUCGGUGGAAAAAUGUGGUGUACCCUAUAGCUGUUGUAUAAAUGCCACCGAUAUAAGUUCCGGUUUGGUCAACAUUAUGUGUGGUUAUGAGGUACAGGCCCAUUCUGUGGCUGCUGCCAGCAAACGCAUCUGGACUAGUGGCUGUAUUGAAAUAGUACGUGUCUGGGCCGAACGGAAUCUCUAUGCCAUUGCCGGUAUUGCCUUGGGUAUAGCAUUAAUACAAUUAUUUGUUAUAUAUUUGGCCAAAACAUUGGAGGGACAAAUCGAUUUGCAAAAGUCACGUUGGUCAGCGUGAAAUCCGUAGUAUUAACACUACACUAGUGAGCGAACAAGUGAUGUGUUUUAGAAACAACCAAGAAAAAUUCUAAACAAAAAAA